CCUUCUCUCUCUCUCUCUCUCUCUCCCUCUUUUAGCUUUCGAUUUCUUGACCUAAUGCCAAGUCUUUGUUUCUGUCUAAGUUUCGAUUCGCUCUCCCCAAUCGUUUCAUGAUCUUAAAAAACGCAACUUUGAAGCUUAGGGUUUUCAAAAAUCUCUAGCGAAAGCGAAAUUCUCCGACUUUUUGUUCUUGUUCGGCUUUUGGGUGUAACCAAAUUAACAUCUUUUUGUAGAAUUUCAUGCUUAUUGUUUGUUUCUCUUUAGAUAAUUGUUACAUUGUGAUCUGUAAACUUCUACUAGCUAGCUUUUGUGCUUCUUCUCUCCAGGAUUUGAGUUUCUUUUGUAGCUUUUUAUUUGGUGUCUUUUCUCUUCUUUUUAUCCUCUGUUUUUGUAUUAAUUGUUUUGGAUUCUCUUACUGAUUAUCAAAGAAACAGUGUCUACAAUGUCUUGUUCUUCCAGGCUAAAAACCAGUUUGGGGAUGAGGUCUGAUUUGAGUGUUCAUGAGGUUCUUAACAAUAAUGAUGCUAUGUGUGAGGUUCUUCUCUUGCUUCCACCAGAAACAAUCUACAAGCUGAUCUUGGUGUCCAAGAGAUGGCUUCAGAUUAUAUCCAGCCCUUACUUCCGUCACACUUACUUAACCAAGUGGAAACCUAGCUUUCAACUCAUUGGCUUCUUCGUCGGCAGCUCCAUGUACCUUGGAAAACGCCUUAAUGGUCGUCGCCCUCGAGCUGAACCUUCGCUUCCUUUGCUCUCAACCAGCAGUCUUGGUGAUGAAAUUGAAUCCUCUGGUAUUCUGAAGAAGCUUGGAUACUACAUCGACUCUUCAAACGGUCUUUUACUUUGUGGCCGCCAUCCAAAAGCUUACUACUUGUGGGAUCCGAGUACCCAGAAGCAGCAGCAACUUCCUCGUCCUAGAGUUCAUUUCGAAGAACUUUCUAUGUCUUUGAUCACUGAGGAUUGUCCUGAUAAAGGGUUAAGCUACAAGGUGAUCCGGGCAGAGUGUGUAGGCUUCACACCUCACAGUACAAAGGUGAAGGUGGAGACUUUUUCCUCAAAAACUACUACGUGGAGCUACUCAGAGCUUACUUGUCCUGAGCCUAUAUCUCUCAGCUCGUGGACUCCAGGGAGAGUGAUCAAAGGCGUUGUUUAUUGGCAUGCCACAGGAGGUAAAAUCGCCAUCUAUGACUCAAACAGUGAGGAGAAGCGGAUCAAUGUGAUAAAGCUUCCGAAGACAUAUGACUAUGAUGAACAGGCUCUGGGUGAAACCGAUGAUGGGUGUUUACAAUACGGAUGGAGCAAUAAGUCGGUAAUGGAGGUGUGGAAGCUUGAAAAAAUAGACAAUGUGCUUCAGUGGAACCUUCUGUUUAAGCUGAAUUUCAAGGCUAUGUGGAGGAAGAACCCAACAGAAGCAACACGAUUCAGCACUCGAACUAAAGAAACGCAGCUGCUUGCCUUCCUCAAUCAGAAGUCGGACACGGUUUACAUCAGAUGUGAAACGCAAAUAUUCAUCUAUGACAGAGAGACACAAAGGGUCGAAGUGGUUCAGUACCAAGGACGAAAAUCGACAUUCAUUUGGGAAUUCUGCAAAGUCGUGCCUUACUUUCGACGUACCUGGCCUACUUCUCCUCUGUUUGAAAACAGUGCCAUUAUGAUCGACACUCCUCAAUGCAACGCCUCUUCCGCAGGAAGUAACUAAGUAGUUUAAUGCUAUUAAUCAGUUUGUGUGUAGGCCAUUGAACUACUUCUUAUGUUUUGGGGAUGAAGUUUUUGGUUUGACCAUUGAUGAAACCUCUCAUGGUUUUGAUGUGUAUCUCAUGGUUGUCAUUAAAGGUCAUUGAACCCCGUUUUCCUUUUUGCA